AUGGUACAGAAAUGUACAACAUGCCAGGAAUACCAUACCGCUUUGCAGAAAGAGCGUCUUCUGCCACACGACAUACCUGUGCGUCCAUGGCAAUCGGUUGCCACAUAUUUGUUCGUCUGGAAUAUUACCAACUAUGUAUUGGUGGUUGUUUAUUACAGCAACUACUUCGAGAUCGCACAGCUUGCAAAUACAAAGAGCUCGACGGUGAUUCAACAUAUCAAGUCAAUGUUUGCCAGGCAUGGAAUACCAGAAGUUUUGAUCUCCGAUAAUGGUCCCCAAUACUCUUCGGAGGAGUUUCGUCAGUUUGCGACAACUUGGGGAUUUAUCCACAAAACGUCGUCACCAACAUACCCGCAGUCAAAUGACUUAGCGGAACGCACCGUGCAAGCCGUGAAAAAAUUAUUAAAGAAGGCUAAAGCGAGUGGAUCUUGUCCAUUCUUAAGUUUACUAAGCUAUAGAAACACGCCUCUUCAACAGACCGGAUCUCCAGCACAACUAGUAUUAAUUAAUCGUAGACUGAGAACAGAUCUACCGACGCAUCCUAAAGAUCGAGCUACUUCCAAAACUCACUGA